AUGAAUCAGUUCCAAUACGUGAAUCCUGCCGCUAGGAUGCACGCUUACGCACGGUCGUUGCAUUCGUAGCUUAUAUUGUGGCACAUUUAAAAUAAAACAAAUAAGAAGGGAGAGGGGAAAAAAUCAGCUUAAGCAUAAAGGAAAAUAAAGUACAACAACAGCUAUUUAAUAACUGUAUUCCCAGUCAAACCAACAACAACAAUAAGAACACGAACGUUCAUCACGUACGAGACGGAUACACAAAAAUGCGAAGCUCACGCGCGCGUGUGUGUGUUGUGAGUGUGUAUGUGUGCGAGUGAGAUUGUGAGUGAUUGUAUCGGUGUGUGUAGUGCUUAUAUGGCAUACCUAUAGAGCUGUACCUAAUAUGCCCAUGCAUACAUAUACAUACAAAUAAAAUAACACAAAGGCAACGUUGUCGUCGCUCACCUCGUCUCUCCGUCUCUGUUCCCCGCUCCCUGCCCGCCGCUCUCCACUCACCGCUCACCGCUCCCCGCGCGUACUCGCGUCCGUGCUGAUUGUCGUUGGUCGAGUGCUAAACGGAAAUAUUUGGUAGUCCAGACUAUUGCCAGAGAAAAUACAUAUUUAUAAAAAAGCAACCGAAUAAUAAAAGCAGAACGUAAAAGAAGAACACAAACGUUGAGCCGGAGAAAGCAACAAUGCCAGUCCAAAUGAGCGGCAAUUGAAGCGAGAAAUGUGUGCACACGUAAACGUCGAGUUUCCAGUAAUUAUUCCGCAUUGCGCAAUCGAUUGUCAAAAUAAAUCAACUCUACACAAAAAAUAGAAUUCUGAAUUGGGCUGGAAAAUGGCACCGGGACAAAAGCAAUGCCAGGAAUAUCCAAAGAUCAGACUCGCACAGCUUAGGUCUCGUUGUUAAAGCCACAUUAAAGGUCAGAGCAGACAGCAACACUAAUAAAGCAAAGGAAAAUCAGCUGCCAGAGUUCAUCGAUCAACGUGAAUUAUGUCGCAGGACAUGAAAUUCAGUUGGGGUCCCACCCUCGGAGUGCUUUGGGUAUCACAACUGUGGCUGCUGCUGCUGCUGUUUGAGAGCGGCCUGGUCAUCAGCGAAGUGCCUCCACAUUACUGGGAAACCCCAUACUCCCAGCCGUAUUUUGAUAACUCCUCGCGACGCGAGGUCACGGCGACCGUGGGGCAGGCGGCGCUGCUGCAUUGCCGCGUGCGGAAUCUGGGCGACCGGGCGGUGUCAUGGAUACGCAAGCGGGACCUGCAUAUUUUAACCGUGGGCAUAUUGACCUAUACGAACGAUCAGCGCUUUCAGUCGCUGCACUCGGAAGGCUCCGACGAGUGGACGUUGCGCAUAUCUUCACCCCAGCCCCGGGACUCUGGCACCUACGAGUGCCAGGUAUCCACAGAGCCGAAAAUCAGUCAAGGAUUUCGCUUGAAUGUUGUGGUGUCGCGCGCUAAAAUUCUUGGCAAUGCGGAGCUGUUCAUCAAGAGCGGCAGCGACAUUAAUCUCACCUGCCUGGCGAUGCAGUCGCCGGUGCCGCCGUCGUUUAUCUACUGGUAUAAAGGCAAGCGGGUCAUGAAUUAUUCGCAGCGCGGGGGCAUUAAUGUCAUCACCGAGCGCUCGACGCGGACCAGCAAGCUGCUGAUAGCCAAGGCCACGUCCGCCGAUUCCGGCAACUACACGUGCUCGCCAAGUAGCUCAGACUCCGCCUCGGUGGUGGUGCACGUCAUAAACGGCGAGCAUCCGGCUGCGAUGCAGCAUGGCAACAGCAGCGCCAGCUCCUUGCGCUCGAUGUGGAGCCCAGUGCCUUUACUAGCCAUCACAACGACGACAGCUGCGGUGGCUGUCACAUGGAACUGGAACUUAAACUGGAACUGGAACUGGAGCAGCGGCGGUUGCUUUGUGGCAUCAACCGCACUGUUGCCGGCGGCGCUUGCCAAGUGGUGUUGGAGCAGAAGUUGGAGCCUGAGCUGAUGGUGGAGCAGCUGUUGCGGCGCAUUAAAUGACAGCAGCCCCGGCCUAGUUGGGGCAGUUGCACUUAUCUUCUGUUUAGUGUUAAUGAUGAUGCAUUUAAUGUGUGUGUAUGUGUGUGCUAGCAGCUCGAUGCGGUUCAUCAACUGAAAAGGUGUGUACAUAAUGCAAAAGUCCUUUAACGAGUAUUAUCUUUAAGAAAUCCAAAUACGAUAUGCCAGUCAAGUUGACUUAAAAAAAGUAUUAAGAUGCAACAUUUUUAAAACGAAUAAGCCCGAAGCUAAGUUCUAAGAUUGCAUUCAUCCAUUGCAUAUAAUCCAGAAAUGAAAGUCUUUCAUUUUUCAUUUUUAAUUUUGGCAAAUAUA